UGCGUUCUGAUUUGGUGGCACUUGUAGGCAGGGUUCGGUUUAAGGAGCUCUCCUUUUCAUGAUCAGACUUUUAUAGAAUUGAAUCAGGCAGUAAGGCCUUCACUGUUAGUAGAAGUGAGUUGAGGGCGAGCAUGUUCUCUCUGCCUUCCAUUGCUAUUGGGUUGCAGCAUGGGUUAUCCUGUCUUUGGAAUGACCGACUGACUGACUCCUUUCUCUUCACCCAGCUGUACCAUCUCCCCCAACGACGACGGUCUAUUGUCCCCUGGCCUCGCCCUCCUCUCCGGGAGCCGAGGGAUGUCCACAGCUGCCUUGCUGACCUUGGUCAGAGGUGGCAGGACCCAAGUGCACAGAAGGGUGCUGCUGAGCUCCCACCUGCUGAGAGUGGACGGACGGGUGACUCCGGCCUGCCACGGUGCCACUUCUGAACCCCGGUACUCCCGCUUCGACCCGGAUGGCAGCGGGCGGCCUGCCACCUGGGACAGCUUUGGGAUCUGGGACAACCGCAUUGAUGAGCCCAUCCUGCUGCCUCCCAGCAUCAAGUACGGCAAGCCCAUCCCCAAGGUCAGCCUCACUAGGGUGGGCUGCGCCUCGCAGAUAGGGAAGCGGAAGGAGAAUGAAGACCGCUUCGACUUCGCACAGCUGACCGAUGAGGUCCUGUACUUCGCAGUGUUCGACGGCCACGGUGGCCCUGGCGCCGCAGACUUCUGCCACACGCACAUGGAGGCAUGCAUCCUGGAUUUGCUUCCUAAGGAGAAAAACUUGGAAACUGUGUUGACCUUGGCUUUUCUAGAAAUUGAUAAAGCCUUUUCCAGGCACGCCCAACUGUCUGCUGAUGGGACCCUUCUGACUUCUGGGACUACGGCCACGGUAGCUUUGUUACGAGAUGGCAUUGAACUGGUCGUAGCCAGUGUUGGGGACAGCCGGGCGAUUUUGUGCCGAAAAGGAAAGGCAGUGAAACUGACCAUUGACCAUACGCCAGAGAGAAAAGACGAGAAAGAAAGGAUCAAGAAACAUGGUGGAUUUGUGGCUUGGAACAGUUUGGGGCAGCCUCAUGUGAACGGCAGACUUGCCAUGACAAGGAGUCUUGGAGAUUUAGAUCUGAAAGCCAGUGGUGUGAUCGCAGAACCUGAAACAAAGAGGAUCAAGCUUCAUCAUGCUGACGACAGCUUCCUCGUCCUCACGACAGAUGGAAUUAACUUCAUGGUGAAUAGUCAAGAGAUUUGUGACUUUGUCAACCAGUGCCAUGACCCCAAUGAAGCAGCCCGGGCAGUCACUGAACAGGCCAUUCUGUACGGUACUGAGGACAACAGCACAGCUGUGGUGGUACCCUUUGGUGCAUGGGGUAAAUACAAGAACUCGGAAGUCAACUUCUCCUUCAGCAGAAGCUUUGCCUCCAGUGGACGAUGGGCCUGAUACUUCUUUGCUAUGGGUUUGAAGUUUCUUCUCUGCAGUUGUUUCACUGUCAAGAAACUGAUUAGUUCAACUGUCAACUGUGCCAGAGUGACCUGUGACUUACUAGAUCAAACACAAGUCAGUGUAAACUUGGUAGCUAUUUUGUUAUUGUCUUCCCUUGUACCCUUCAUAUUUAUGUUCCACCAUAGGUAUUCAGUGUAAGAAUGUAAUUCUGAGGACGGAGCAAUAGCACAGCAGGCACGGCAUUUGCCUUGCAUGCAGCCAAUCCAGAAUCAAUCCCUAGCAUCCCAUAUGGUUUCCCAAGAUGCCAGGAGUAACUUCUGAGCAUACAGCCAACCAAGAGUAACCCCUGAACACUGCAGGGUGUGGCCCCAAAA